AGGGAGAAGGAGUAGGAGGGCGCAGGAGAGAGAAAAAAGGCAAGAGGGGCUGAAAUGCUACCAACCAUGGGGUCCUACAGAUGCUCACUGCAUGGAGCAGGCCCAAUGCAUUUAGCUCGCUGCAGCUGCUUGGGGUCAGGAGGCGGAAGGCCAUUUGAUCUCUGUGGAAGGGAUUAUGAUUUGUUAUUUAGCAACAUCCUUGGAGCCAUACAAAUUAAUUAAACGCCACAGCCCGUCUCCCUGAAGAGCUUACAGUGGAAAUCAACAAUGAAUGCAUGAGAUGUAAAAACAAGUGCCCUGUGCUCAUCUGGUUAUUGUGCUUGGUAUUGCAACCCAGGAGUACAAACUAUGGAUCUGAAAUGAGCUGCGUGUCUGUGAAGGAACACAGAUGUCACUCUGGCAUUCGCUUCCAAACCUGCUGUUCCAGCCUUGCCUCUCUGGGAUAGCAGCCAAGUUGGAGGUGGCUGAAAUUUUCUAUUCCAGGUGUGCGGAGUUUAGGAGGUGUCUGCUGUUCAUCACUGCAGAGUCUGAGCCUCCCGAAUAGGAAUGAAAUAUUUCCUCGCCAAGCAAGCAUUAUCAGGAGCCUGUUUGGUAGGUGAGGGACAGAGCGAUGAACUGACUAGCUCAAGGACCUUGUGACGUCGUUGUUGGGAAGUGAACCAAGACCUCCUGGUCAGCAGAUCAGUGCUGUUUCCAUCUUUUGUUGGGACCGAGGGUCACUGGCCAAGUGGAGAAGUAGGAGACGUGAUGUAUCUUGAUUUUUAGUAAGGCCUUUGACUUAGUCCCACAUGACAUUCUCAAAAGCAAACGGAGGAAUGUGGUCUAAAUGAAAUUACUAUAAGGACCUUGUCUACACAGGGAAAUGACUGGAAUAGCUCCCGUGGGCUAAGCUGUUCCGGGAUGGCUCCCCUUGUUCCAGAAGUGGAGGAAGCUGAACCAGAAUGAGGUGAUCUUAUUUCAGAAUGAGAGCGCCCACCCUGGGAGUUAUUCCAGAAUAGCUCUGGCCCUUUAACGUCUCUCUCUCUAUCGUACUCCGGAAUCACUUCUUCUCGUAGCCCAGCCCUCAGAUGGGAGCCCGCAGUGGCUGUCACACGAUGAACGCUGCUGCUACGGGGACCACAGGCCUUGUCCCUGUUGCUGCCUGCAGAGAGGGCCGCUCUAAACAACACUGUGGCUGGAGAGGCCAUGCCGGGCUGCCUCAGAAGUCCCUGGCAUGGAGCAGACAAAAGCAGAAUGAACGAGAAUGAAGCUGAGGCUGGGGAAAGUCAUACUGCAGAAAAGUAACCGUCACUCGAUCAUGGGAACAGCGCUCCAAGGCCAAGUGUGGUUUUCCACAGCAGUGAAGCCACUAAACUGAGAUUCGCUAUCUUUCUGAAACGCACACGGCCCUUUACACGUACCCGUUCUGGAUGCCGGACGUGCUGUGGGGGGGAGGCUCUCUGGCCUGUGUUCUGCCAGAUGAUCUUAACGGGCACAGCUGGCCUUUGAAUUGGGGAAGAGAAGCCUGAUUUGCAGGCAGCCCUGAUACCCGGCUGUUGCGGCAGAUUGGGCCCUUGGAAAUGACUGACUGCCGUCCGCGCUUGGGGGUGCGGUGGCUGCUCCUGCGUUGUCCCCCUCGUGCAGCACAGUGUGUUCGUUCAGUGUGUUGUUAAGGCCCUGAGCUCAAUUCAGUGGCGAAGGCACUUGGCCAACCACGGCGCUAGCGUCCCAUAGGAGCCACAAGGACACUAACCCAUGUGUACCUGUGCCAAUGGUACCUGCUCCGUCAGCACACCAGGAUCCUGUCCCCUAGAUCAGCAUAAGUCACCCCUCCUCUGGCACUCUGCUUUUUAGGCAUUGAAACAAACAAGUGACGUAUGACGCCCCAGAAGUUGCUAGUUACCACCCUUGUCCUUGUACCUGUCCAGUUCCACCAAAACAUCCUUUUCUGUUGUUCUGUCCCUCCCCUCCUUGUCGUCAGGAGAGGUCGGUGUUUUCCCUGCACCACCUCUUGGGAACGUGCUGACGUAGUCUCUUGAGAGAGCUGUGUGGCUUUUGUCUCUGGUCAGGAUAUGCUUGCUUGGUGUUAGCUAAAACUUAUCUUGCCAAAGUCCAGACCUGCUUGGUUCACACUGUUCGUUUAUGCCAAGGGCUCCAGCCCAGGCCCAUGCUAAUCAGACACAAAAACCACAGCAACACUGUAGUUUUAGUGCCUGGAGCACCAGAGUGGGUGACAGAAGACCUGGGUUCUAAUCCUGGUUUCUGCCACUAAACUGUGGUAUGACUCUGAGCAAGUCCCCUCUCUGCAGUAUUUCCCCUCGUGCCCUUUGUCUGUUUAGAUUGUAAGCUCUUUGGGUCAGAACUGGUGCCUGCACAACUGGGCAGGGGCUCUCUCUCCCUGUGUGUCUGUGCAGCGUCCGGCACAACUGGGCCCUGAUCUCAGCUGGGGCAGGGACUGUCUCUCGCUGUGUGUCUGGGCAACACCCUGCACAACGAGACUCCAGUCUUGGUUGGUGUCCCGUGCCACUUCCGCAAGAGAAGUAGUUAAUAAUAUUAACCGUAGGUCCAUUGACACCAAGUACGUGGGAGAUUCUCAGAAGCUAUGGCGAUGAGAUAGAACCUGUAGCACUAAGGGCUGGAAUGAGGGAGACAGACAAGAGCCAUCUGCAUUCCCGGGUGUCUGUUCAAAGUCUCGCUUGCCCUUCCCAGCAGCCUGCACCACUGAAGCCAAGGUGGAAAGGAAAUGCUGCAUGUCCCCUGAGUUAACUGGUGCCAGAGAGGGUCACAUUCUUUAAUGCCUUAAAAGUAGCCAUCUGGUUGGUGUACGUGAAGGUUGGGAAUUUGGUGGCCCAGAGUCCAGUGGCUGGAACAGGGGAAUCUGCAGUUUCUGGGGAUGGGGACUGAUGACUCAGCAAAGCUGGCCCAUUGCUCUUACUUAUUAAACCCUUGUGUGGGGAACCCUGUGCACCCCAUUACAUUAAGGGCCCCUUUAUCAGCCAGGAGAUCUCUCUGAUCAGUGGGUGUGUCCUGAAACCCAUUAAACUCUUUGUUAGACAACGAGGAAAGUCUUUAGGUUAUGAGCUGGGUUUGAAGUGGGGACAGUUAGCACCACAACAUAGAACAUGAGAUGGCAGCAGCAGUAGUAGGCUGUUAUCCACUGUGCGAAUGGACCAGUAGAGGGGUACAAGAGUCUCACUUUGCAAUGCAUUACACUGAAUGUAUUGAAAGGCAGGUUAUUAUCUCAGCUUGGGGGAGCAGGGCUGAUUAUGAACAAGCAAUUCAACCCAGUGUGAUAUCGUGGCAAAAAUUGCAAACGCGAUCUGUGAACAUGUAAAUGGGAGCAGGGGAAGGCGGGUGAUUUAACCUCUGUGUAUGGCACUGGUGAGGCUGAUACUGGAUCAGUGAUUCCACUUCUUGUGCCCACAUUUUAAAAAGGAUGUUGAAAAAUCAGAGGGGGGUGGAGAAGAGCCACGAACAUGAUUGCCGACUGGAGAAAAGGCCUCACAGUGAGAGAUUUAAGGAGCUCCAUCUGGUGGAGACACAGCAGUCUCGGUGCUGAUUGUCCAGAAAAUGGCAGAAGAGAGCGCUGAAGCAACAAGCGAUACCAGUAGACAAGUGAAUGUCCCAAUGCUGCCGGAUAACAGACCAGUGGCAGAAAGGAGAAGAGAUGUAGAUUUCAGCCUAAAAUGCAUUAAAGAUAAACGGAUCCCAAUUACCGUUACUGUCGUCAUCACAGCUUUGAUCAUCGCCGUAAUUGCACUGGCGGCCAAGAAGACUCCCCACUGCCAAUGCUGCCCGCCCCACGUCAUUGCUGCGUGCCCGGACGGCUGGGUUGGAUACCAAGGGAAAUGCUACUACUUCUCAGAGACUGAAGGGAACUGGAGCACGAGCCAGAGCCACUGCUCUUCUCUCAACGCCUCCCUGGCUUCGAUUGAUUCCCUGACAGAACUGAAUUUCACGCUGCGCUAUAGGGGGAACCCUUACCGCUGGAUUGGCCUCCAGAGGGAGCAAGGCCAUGGCCAGCCCUGGAAGUGGACCAACGGUACCAUGUUCAACAACCUGUUUCCGGUCAGAGGGGAAGGGCAGUGCGCCUACCUGAAUGAACAUGGGGUUAGCAGCUCCAGGUGCUACUCAGAGAGACAUUUCAUCUGCAAGCAGCCGGAUGAGUGCUCUAGAAGGAAGCCAAGCGCCGCAGGAGGGGACACAAUGUCUAAGAUCACUUAAAGGGCCAAUGCAGCCUCUUCAGUGGAUGCAGAACUUACUCAUUCAUCAUCUCUUGCAGAGCAUCCUACCUCUCCAACCAUUGCUCCCUCCAGGUCCCUGCUGAAAAACUAUCUUCAUAACGCUUGACUACACUAACUCUAUUACACAAUAACUCCAUUGUCGUGGUACUACUGGAUACAGGCAAUCCCAGCUUUUAUUUAAAAAGAGCAUGUCUAUAGCUAGCUUGGUUUUGAAUAUGCUCUGGCAAAUCAAAUUGAGUCUGAGUCAGCAGAGAGCUUGAAACAAUAACUCAGAAAAGUGUGCCAUUUAAUUAAUUGACACUGGAACCUAAUGAUGACCCUAACUUCUUUCCUUCUUUUUCCUCUACGCCACUUUUCUUGGUGAGGGUUGUGGCAGCAGCAUGGAGAGUAGGGAGGACUAGACCUCCCUUUCCUCUUCAACAGAUUCCAGCUCCUCCUGGGGAAUUCCCAAGCAUUCCCAGGCCAGCUGGGAGAUAUAAUCCCUCCAGCGUGUUCUGGGUUGGCCUCGGGGCCUCCUCCUAGUGGUACAUCUUCAGUAGAAGAAGCCUACCGGGGGGCAUCCCCAGCUGGAUCCUCUCAAUCCGGAGGUGUAGCAGCUGUACUUCGAGGCACUCCCAAAGAGCUGAGCCCCUCACCCUGUGUAUUAAAUUAAAAAAAAAAAAGUCAUGGUUUUGAGGGGAUUCUUGAAUGUUUGGGUUUGACAAAAUUGGAUUAACAAAAUCUAAAGGUCAUACGUUUUGGUCACAACUUGAACUAGGUGAAUUUUUUUGACCAAACCCUUUUAUUUAUUCUAUUUAUUUUGUUUGUUUUAUUUAUUUAGGCAAAAAAUGCAGAGCGGGCGUCACCGAAACCAUGUGAAUUUGUGUCGAUCUUUGCCAAAUAGACUUGGCAGAAAAAUAACUGGAAAAAAAAUAAAGCUGAAUGUUUCAUUUUCCUGUUUUUGAAACCAAA